GGGGGACAUCUGUGGUGGAGGACAGAGAAAGGGAGGUUUUACCUAAAGCCUUUGUGAGAGUGUUUGCUUUGGCGGGGUUCCCUGCUUUUACUUACUGAAUUCCUGAGGUGACCAAUAACACAGAAGAAGUCAGACAUGAAGUUAAUCGUCGGCAUCGGAGGAGUGACCAACGGUGGGAAGACCACUUUGACAAAUAGACUACUAAAGACAUUACCUAACUGUUGUGUGGUGCAUCAGGAUGACUUUUUCAAGAAACCCGAUCAAAUACAAGUCGGGGAGGACGGCUUUAGACAGUGGGAUGGUAAGAGUGGAUUUCACGUAGGAAAACCCUGCAUGAUCAGCGCUCUGGACAUGGAAGCGAUGGUCAACACUGUGAAAGGCUGGCAGGAGAACCCCGUCAAGUUUGCCCUUUCACACGGAGUCAGUCUGUCACCUGAAACCCAGGAAUCCGACCCAGAGCAGAAAGGGAUCCAUAUUCUUAUCGUAGAGGGGUUCCUCAUCUACAACUAUAAGCCUCUCAUCGAUGUCUAUGACAAGUGUUUUUACAUUUCCAUCCCUUAUGAGGAAUGCAAACGCAGGAGAAGUACAAGAAGAUACACGGUCCCGGACCCCCCCGGCCUGUUUGACGGCCAUGUCUGGCCCAUGUACCUGAAGCACAGGAAGGAGAUGGAUUACAACUGCAGCAGAAUAGAAUACCUUGAUGGGACAACAACAAAGGAAGAUAUCUACAAUGCAGUGUAUGAAAGCAUCCAAAACUCCCUCCUGAAUAACUUAUAGCAGGACGGGCCAACACCGGGCUGUGUAUAGACUUGUAAAUAUCAUUUUGAGUAAAUGUGUAACACCAGUUCCGUGCUCCUAGUCUGAUUUGUAAAUAGACAUCAGUGUAACUUAUUAUGAACGAACAGCAGAAUAACUGUUUUGUAUACUCCUGUGUAACUUUUUUUUUCUAAAAGACGAGUCACCUCUGGACUACCCAGUGUCUAACACCUGUAACUGUUGUGAAAUUAUGAAGCUGUCACUAGAAACAACUAAAAGAAAAACUAAAUGUGCCUCAUGUUUCCUGUUUCCUUCCUCUCGGACCUCAUCAAACACCUACACACACGCACCCAUGCAGUUCCCAUAAACUGUCGACUUGGCAAUUUAGCGCCAAAGCACUUGUGUUUAUUGAAGAUGACGGAUGAAAUCCUGUGAGUCAUCAGAGCUUUAGUUUUUUGGGGUUUGUUUGCUCUUUCAGAUGGCAGAAGAUGAAAGAAAUCAGGGAACAUGACGAAAUUAUUAAAAAAGAAAAAGAA